AUGAUAACUGGAUAUGUAAAUCUUGGAAAGAAUAAUAUAAGUUGGGAUCUCUUUAAAGCCCUGAAAAUAGAUGGGUUUAGUUAUGAUCAGUUUACAUUUGGAAGCAUUUUGAAUGGAAUUUCUUGGAUUAAUGAUUUAAAGGCCGGGAAACAAGUUCACUCUAUGAUUAUUAAGAUGGGUUACGAGUGGAAUGUAUUCUCAUCUACUGCUCUUUUAGAUGUGUAUUCAAAAUGCAAAAGGAUUCAAGAUGCUUAUCUAGUGUUUGAGUGCAUACCUGAACCAUAUUUUGUCUCUUGGAACGCAUUGAUAACAAGAUAUGCACAAAUAGGUGAUCGUGAGACUGCAUUCUUUCUAUUUGAUCGUAUCGAGAGACAUGCUAUUGGACCUGGUGAUGUAACAUUUUCUAGCCUUCUGCCGCUGCUUGAUGAUCCUAAGCUCUAUAAAGUAACGAUCCAAAUCCAUGCCAAGAUGAUAAAAUGUGGUCGAUUAAUUGAUACUGCAGCACGCAAUGCAACCAUUACUUCCUACUUUGAGUGUGGGUCCAUUGAAGAUUCACGAAAGGUAUUUGAAGAUGAGGAUGGUAUCCGAGAUUUGGUCACAUGGAAUUCCAUGCUAGCAGCUUACGUGGUUCACGAUUACAAGUCCUUUGAAGUUGAACUUUUUAUUGAGAUGCAAAGAUAUGGGAUUAAACAAGACAUGUACACAUACAGUAGUAUUCUUAGUGCUUGUUUUGGACUGAAACAUCACAAGGAAGGGAAAUCUUUGCAUGGGUUGGCGAUUAAAAGGGGUUUAGACCAGACGGUACCUUUAUGUAAUUCAUUGAUUUCUAUGUAUCUGAAAUCCAGCAGCGCAUCUAUGGAAGAUGCAAUAAAAUGCUUUGACAGCAUGGAGCUCAAGGACAAUGUAUCUUGGAAUUCAAUCCUGACUGGAUUCUCACAGAAUGGGUUGAGUGAAGAUGCUCUGAAGUUCUUUGGUGGAUGCGAUCCAAGCCACUUCCAGUUGACCAAUUUGCCUUUUCGGCUGUCAUCCGAUCUUGUUCAGAUUUGGCCACUUUACAACUAG